CGUUCUCAGCUCGCGGGGAGGGCAGGGAAGGGAAUGAUGGGGGAGAAGGAGAGGUGCAGGGCUACGAAAGCUUCAAGGAAGUAGCAAGGGAUUUGGAGGGUUUGGUGGAUGUGCUUUGGGUUAGUGGGACGCGUGAGUAUUCCCCAUUCUUUUACUUUAGAUUCCCGGAGGGGAUUGGUGUGGUUGUUCGAGAGAAUGUGCGAAUGCUAAUAUGAAAUAUGGAACAAUAGCAUCCCUCCAAAUCCCCUACCUCAUCUCCCUAGCCAUUCAAGUCAACUCUUACCUGCCCGAGUAUCCCUUCUCAGCGGCGCCUACGUUUCGCUUACUGCGGAAGUUGGAUGAGGUGUUUGCGGAGCUUUUAGGUGGUGGUAGUAGUGGUAACGGGGAGAAAAAGAGUGUGGUGUCUAUGACGGAGAAGGUGCGGAUUAAGAGUAUUGCGGAGUCGUGUCGGGUGUUGGUUGUUGAGAAGAGAGAGAAGGAGAUUGAGGAUGCUAAUGGGGCAGAGGAGGAUGAUUAUGAUGAGGAUGAGGAUGAAGAGUUCGAGGAUGUCUAUGGGGAUGCGAAUAAAUUGGAGGAUUAUAUGCCUGUUCCUGGGAAGUGGGAGAUGGAGACGGCGAAGGUUUAUGAGAGGACGAUUCAAUUGUUGGGCGAUGAGUUGGGGAAUGUGGGUGAGUUUUGUGAUGAGGAUUUGGCCGCUGGGGAUGGAGCGGUUUGUGAUACGGGGGAUUUUGUGGUGGAGUUGGAGGAGGAGGAUGAUGAUGAUUGAUAUCUAGCUUCUGUACGGAGUACUUUUGGUUGGUUUGAUGGGAUGUGGUGUUAUGUGUAUCGGGUGGAUAUGGCGUUGAGGACAAUGAGGACACUUGGGUUGUUGAUUUUAUAUCUGAUAUUAAGGGUGCAUGACAAGUGGUUGGAGUCAUACUUUGUUUGGUUCUAUCAUUCGCUACAGUCGCUAUCACCUGGUUCAACACUCCUCUCUAACUACCACAAUAUACUACACCAUGCCAGAGGCAA